AUGUGCGAAUAUAUAAUUUUUUAACCUAUAAUUAACUAAAAAAAAUAAAAUUCAAUAAAUUAGUCACCUUUUUUAUAAGAAUAAAAGUAAUAUUAAAGUGAAAUAAUUAAAUAAAUAUAGGAUGUUGCAGUAGAAAAUUCGAAUGAAAAAAAAACUCCUUAUAUCAGUGAUUAUCAUAAAAAUGAUAAAAAUACUUUUAAUAAUGCUUUAUAAAUUUCUAAAUAAGAAUAAAAUCUUGCUGUUCCAGUUAUUAGGACGUCUUUUUUUUCUUCGAAUGAAUAACUUAUUGAUGAAGAUGAUAGCUUGUAAUUCCAUUCUUUUAAUGCAAAUACAGAAUUUAAUAAUCCAGAAAUCAAUUCGUUUAUUAAAUUAUAGACACCUGCUUAAUAGGGAAGGACCUCCUAGUUUUAAAAUUAUAAAUUGGGAGUUAAUUUAGAAGAAGAAGGGGGUAAAAAAGAAUAGGAAUAAGAAAAUAAAGGAUAAAAUAAUCAAGAUGAAGAAAAAUAAUAGGAAUAAGAACAAGAAGAAGAAGAAGAUGAAGAUGAAAAUUAAAUUUCAAAAGCAAAAGACUCGAAUAUUUAUUUUAAAGGAAAUAAAAAUGAUUUGGAGAAACUUUAAAAUAACUAUAUUUAAUAAUUACAUAAAAAUAAAGAUGAAUAAAGAGUUUAGGACGCUCAUUCUGGAGGAGGGAAAUUUUGUGGGGAUAAGGGAAUUAUUUAGACUACUAGGAGUGUAGGGAAAUUUAUUAUUGGAGAAAUUGGAAGAAAAAUUAUUUCAGGAGAUUUCAAUUUAACGUAAGUUAGUUUCCCUAUUAAAGCUAUGAUACCUAAAAGUGCUUUGUAAACUAUUCUAUAUGGGACUUGUCUUUUUCCUAUUUAUAUUAAUAAAGCGGCAUAAAUUAAGGAUUUAGUAGAAAGGUUUAAACUUGUUAUUACAGCUAGCUUUGGAAGUUUUUCAAUCUCAAAUACUUUUUUGAAACCUUUAAAUCCGAUUUUGGGGGAAACUUUUUAAGGGAAUUAUAUUGAUGGGACUUCGAUUUUCGCUGAGUAAAUUUCUCAUCAUCCACCUAUUUCUUAUUUUUAUGCAUGUGGACCUUAGAAAUCAUAUAAAUUUUAUGGUUAUUAUCUUUAUGAGGCUAAGGCUGGGUGGAAUUCUUUGACUUUGAAAAAUAAAGGUAAAAGAUUUUUGUCUUUUAAAGAUGGAUAAAAAAUUAAUUAUAAUUUUGGAUAUGAAUAUUAUAGUGGGACUUUUAUGGGAACUAUGAAAACCGAAACUUUGGGUUCAGUUACUUUCACUGAUUUCGAAAACAAAAUCGAGGCGAUUAUUAAUACAGGAAAAGUAAAAAAAAAACCCUCAGAUUAUAUUUCGGGAGAAAUUAAAGUUAAUGGAAAAGUUGUUUCAACUUGCUAUGGAAGUUAUUUAGGGUUUAUUGAAUUUGAUGGGGUCAGAUAUUGGGAUUUUAGAGAAAUUUUACCUUUGUAAAUGAAUGUGAUUAAUUGUUAAUUAUUAAGUGAUCAUUAAAAGAGAUAAGAUAUGUUUCAUCUUUCGAAAGGGAACAUUAAGAAAGCUUAGUUGGAAAAAGAAAUUGGUGAGUAAUUAUAAAGAAACGAUGCUAAAUUAAGAAAAAAACAUCAUGAAUAAAUCGUAAAAUAAUCUAAAGGGAAAAAAUGA